UUCCCGAAAAGGAUGGCUGCAAGCCAAUAAGUUGCACGCAUUUAUUCUUUGCUUUCAUGGAACAUCCAAUCAGAUGCUUUGUUUGUAGAUAAAAAUAGCUCUUGUUGUUGGAGCUUAGGGAAAGCCUACUUUAAAAGCAAACAUGGUAAAAUAAAGACACUGACAUCAGAGUUGAUCUAGAAAGAUACACAAGAUUCUCAUUUAAACCAAUCAGCAUUGACAAUAUUUAUUUUGCAAAAGACGAUGGUUCUCACAAAUUUAAAUCAAAACUUUGGUAGAAAAGUGGUGUACGUUUUGGACUGUAAAGUCUGCGGAGAAACAUUGAGUCGACGAGGUAUGCUAGCCGUGCUAGUGGCUGAUGGGAAGACAGAGCUUUUUUCAACGGAUAAGUUUGACAGGAAUGCUGUAGGUCUAGUACCUGAAGUCUAUACAGCCAAUAGCUGCAAGUGUAAAGUACAAAGUAUUGCCUGUUUAUGUUGUGGUCAGGUAGUUGGCUAUGAUGUGCUCCUGCCAUGUAUGAAGUGCCUUUCUUCUGUCAACAACGGUCAUCACAGUAUGUUCCACAGUAGUCUUGUUUCAUAUUGUUACAGAUUAGACGAAGAAGCCAACAAUUAUCUACUUUGGAAAGAUUUAAAGUCGCCUAAAGAAGACGGCCAGAUGCUGAUAGAGUGCCUUCGAUAACAAGCAUAAACCAAUGGAACACAGUUAUGUAUGUGUGUGUAUGUACAAAGCAAGUGAUCUUAUAAAAGUGAUUAUUUAAGGUGUAUCAAUGUGGCUACCACUAUAUCAUAAUAAAUUGUCUUGAUUUAAAAGUGUUGGUAAGAAUGUUGUGCUGUUUUUUUUAUCCUUAGUUUGGUUCAUUGAACAUGUAAAAUAAAGUGUAAUUAAAUUUGUUCAUUUCAGCCAAGAAACUUGA